CUUCAUGCAAAGAUAGCAUUUUUUAAGCUAAAAUAAUAUUUAAUCAGGUUAAAAUAGGAUACACCUGUAUGCGCAUACGUCAUGACUAGAGAAAGUGAGAUAUUUGAAUGUAACGGAUGCAACGGAUUUCUGUGCCUCUAUUUUGGAGUGAAAGCACUUUGACUUUUCUGUAAAUUAGUAAUAAUAGAUUAAUAAAUAUUAAAACUAGUUAACUAAUUAAAUUUAAUUAAGAUUAAUUAAGAAAUUAAAUUUAUUAAAUUUAAUUAAACCGAUUCGAAACGAACUCUCUCUUUGAAUUCUCUAUGAUAAGGAAUUCCUGUGCAAUAAUUCUUGUUGGAAGUUGAGCAAAUCAAAUAUUCAAGAAUUUAUGGCCAUGAGCAUGGCGUCGGACAAGCCAGAAGUGCUGUGCCGGGUGUGCGGCGACAAGGCGUCCGGUCGCCAUUAUGGCGUACCCAGCUGUGACGGCUGCAGGGGCUUCUUCAAGCGCAGCAUCCGUCGCAACCUGGAGUAUGCCUGUAAAGAACAAGGCAGGUGCAUUGUGGACGUUGCCAGGAGGAACCAGUGCCAGGCUUGUAGGCUCAAGAAGUGCCUCGCAGUCUGCAUGAGAAAAGAAGCCGUUCAGCACGAACGAGCCUCAAGGUCACAACCCAGAAGACGCUCGAAGCUGGUCAGCAGCUCAUCCGAUGCUGCCCAAUGCUACGGCAGCUCUUUGAGGCCCAGCAGCCAGCACACCACUGUCCUGGGCAUGGGGGCCUUCUGUCCCACCCUCACCGAGGUUGGCGAUAUUAGGCGGCUCAACACCAGCAGCAGUCCAGUGAUUUCUCACGUGAGCUCUGGCGUAACUCUCGGAGGACCGCUAUCGUACAGAAGAUCUGAAAACGACAUACCACCGGAAGCUCCAAAGCCUCUUUGUGAUCUCAAACCCUCCAGCCCUUGCCAGGUCAAGAAGUCAAGUUCCGAAGAAUGCGUCUCCAGCGAUCCGGACUCCAGAAACUCUUCGCCACCGACACAACCCCGAACAAGUCCCACUUCCACAGUACACUUACCACCGACAUCUCAAGUGUACCGAACCAACCUACCACAUCCACCAGACGGCAUACCUAGGCCCGCAUACGUCACCAUCGAGCAUCCCCGAUGCGGCGUCAUCGGGCCCACGGCCACUCUACCCCCAGCUUUCUUGGGACCUUUCCCUCCGAACCCCCUGGACACAGUAUACGAAGCGGCUGCCAAGUUGCUGUUUUUCUCCAUCCGCUGGAUGCGGGGGAUACCAUCUUUCCUCCAGCUGGGGUUCAGGGACCAGGCCAUUCUGCUGGAGGAAUCGUGGUGCGAUGUGUUUGUCCUGAGUGCAGCGCAGUGGGGAUUUCCUUUACAAGAAGGUUUCCUUUCCUUUGUCGGGCUGAUAGCCCCCGAAAAGCGACCUCUGGUGGCAAAUCAGCUCCAUCAGAUGAAAAACGUCAUGUCCCAGCUGGUGGCACAGCAGGUGGAUCACACAGAGUUUUCCUGUCUCAAAGCCCUCGUACUUUUCAGACACGAAGCCAGUGGUUUGCGAGACCCACUGCAAGUUGAAAUGCUGCAAGACCAAACUCAGCUUAUGUUACACGAGUACGUUCUGACUAAACAACCCCCUUCGAAGGUAAGAUUCGGCAAACUGUUGCUCAUUCUGUCCCUUGUCCGAAAAAUUAGCCCACCGGUCAUCGAGGACGUGUUCUUCAGGAAGACCAUUGGCUCCGUGCCAAUAGAGAGAUUGUUAUGUGAUAUGUUCCAAGCUGCGUAAACAAGUCCUAAAAUGCUGAUGUUGAUUUUAUGAACUUAUUAUUAUAUAUCCAGAAACCUUAUUUGAUUUGAAAGAAAUAUUGUUGAUUUGUUAAUGACUUUUGAAGAUGUAUCAUUAAAAAAGAUUCGUAUUGUAGAUUGGU